AGAUCGAGAGUCUAUAUGAGGCCAUUCAAGGGUCGUCUAAAUUAGAUCUGGUCAAUAAAUGCCAUAUCAGUACAUUGCAGAAACUGGAUGGAGAAGUGCAGAGUACUAACUUUACACUGGACCAAUUCGAAACGCGAGUGAAGGAGUUUGACACCGACUUUCAGAAUAAUAUCACAGACACCGUGACCGAUCACAAAGUAGAUUCUCACGAAUGGACGCAGGAAUCUCUAGCUUUCCUUAAGGAGCAAUUUCCUCACAAAUAUAACGUCGAUGUCAAUUCGGAGCUGGAGUCAGAUGAAGAUAUCGUCGUUGGCCCUGCGACACAGGAUUUCAAAUGCAAAAUCACACAGAUGCUGAUGAAAGAUCCAAUGAAAAACUCCGUUUGUGGCCAUAGGUAUAGCAAGGCAGGAAUCAUGCAAAUGAUCGGUGAACAUCCAAGUAUAAAGUGUCCGAUUGGAGGGUGUGGAAAGACAGUCAGGAGGAAUACAUUGCAACACGAUCCGAGGUUUGAGAAAAUUUUGAAACGUUUUCAGAGGACUAUGGACUCACAACAACACGAACAGAGCUCCAAUGUGGAGACUAUUGAGUAGGAGAUUAUAAAUUAUAUAAUAUCGACACGGUCACAUGUCGAGCUGUACGCAAGGCAAUGAAAAUACUGCAGUAAAUAAGUAUUUGAUUCAGAACCUUGAUGAAACUAAAAAUUUGCCGAUUAAAUGACUUCGCUUCAAACUUACAAAACACCUUCAGGAGGGCGCG